GUCACGUGCCAGCGUGUCGCUAACUAGGUAUCCCGAGACUGGUCUCGACUGGCCAGCAGAAUUCUUAAACCUUCAUCAAUUUCCAACACCAUCUCAACCCCAACCCACGAAAUUCGGACUGAAAAGCGAAGAAGUACUUCAACAAUGGGACAUGACUGUUGCGGUCCACCGGCUACAGCCACUCAGCCGGUUGCUGCACCAAUCGCGGCUCCAAUUGAGGAGACGAGCAGUUGCCAGGAUUCUUGCUGCGAUGGCGGCGACAGCGACGCCGAGCCUCUCGAGACCAAGGACCCGGGUCAGGGAGAGCCCAACCAGGAUAAACCGGACGAUUGCUGCUCCUCUGGUAAAUGCGCGGACGAUAAAGCCAAGGAUGAUACCGACGCGCCUGAUUGCUGCCGUGGCAAGGUAGGCCUAUGUUGCGACACGUCUUGCCUUGACCGCUUGGCUAUGCGGGAAUGCGAAAUGAAUGCUGUCGCUGCCCCCGGAGCAAACGCCCAGACAAAGACUUGUAGUGGAGCUGCCGACGGCAAGGCAUGCAGCCAGCAUAGCACCUCUGCCCUUGACCGCUAUGGCGCCACUCUCCAGGCCCUGGGAUGCAUCUGCCGUGCUCUUAUUGCUCUCGGCCAGGAAACCUGCUGUGAAAUUCGCGAGCGCCAUUCGCUGGACGGGAAGCAGUGCUCCAAGAAGUCGUCUGCUCGCUCCCUUCGCACUUCGCUGGAUUCCUGCAGCAGCAGCGGCUCCGUCACGCAGGACCAGGCUGUGCAGAACCGCCUUCGCCUGCGCAAGGGCUCUGGCGAAAGCGUCAAAUCUGCCAAGCAGUCAUCUACGGUUGCCUGCGCAGGCUCUUGUUACUCCAAGGACAAGCCCGCCAAAGAGCCUUCCAUCAAGGGCAAAUGCUCCAAACCUUGCUGCUCGGAGGGGAAACCUGCCAAGGAGUCUCCCCCCAAGCCCAGCUGCGCGGAUUCAUGCUGCACAAAGGCCAAGCCUAUCGUGGAAGCUGUAGCUGACAUCAAACCUUCUGGAUCUUGCUGUGCGAAGGACAAGGUCCCAGUCAAAGAAGCUCCAACAAAGAGCAACUGCCCCGGUUCUUGCUGCUCCUCUGCUGCGCCUGAUCACGGGUUGGAGGUUGAGAAGGCCCCGAUUCAGGCUAUCACCGACAUAGAGAACCAGGGUACUGGCAAGGAGCAUGUUGUUCUCAGCAUUUCCGGCAUGACUUGUACUGGCUGCGAGACAAAGCUCAAUCGAACUCUCGCUACAGUUCCCGCUGUCAAAGACCUGAAGACGAGCCUGGUUCUCUCACGAGCUGAGUUCAACAUCGACCUUCGCCUCGGCUCGGUGGAAGAAGUCGUGAAACAUCUAGAGCGAACGACCGAAUUCAAGUGCGAAAUAGUUCAGAACCAGGGAUCUAGCCUGGAUCUUAUCGUUCCCGAUGAGCCCUCGAAAUUCAUGAGUCAGACAUGGCCGGAAGGCGUCAUUGAUAUGGCGCUUGUGGACAAGCAGACCGUACGAGUUGCGUUUGAUUCGAAGAUUAUGGGAGCCCGAGACCUCGCCGAGAAGAUCUGGGGCCCGCCAAUUAAACUUGCUCCGCCUCGUGGUGAUCCUUCGCUGGAGGCUGGGAGCAGGCAUGUCCGUCAUGUUGGAUACGUGACGCUUCUCUCCGCUCUCUUGACGAUUCCUGUUCUUGUCAUGGCAUGGGCUCCUCUUCCCGAGCGGGAGUUGGCCUAUUCCUCGGCUUCACUCGCGUUAGCAACCAUCGUUCAAUUUGUUAUCGCAGGACCUUUCUACCCUAAGGCUCUGAAGGCGCUUGUUUUCUCCAGAGUUAUCGAGAUAGACCUCUUAAUCGUCUUGAGCACCAGUGCUGCCUACAUCUUCUCUGUGGUCUCUUUUGGGUACUUCGUCGUAGGGAAACCCCUUUCGACUGGACAAUUCUUCGAAACGAGCACUCUCUUGGUCACUCUGAUCAUGGUUGGCCGAUGGGUUGCAGCUCUCGCUCGUCAGAGAGCUGUUGAGUCUAUUUCUAUCCGGUCACUCCAGGCAUCGACAGCCAUCCUUAUCGACAAAGAAAGUGGAACGGAACGUGAGAUCGACGCCCGACUUCUUCAAUAUGGCGAUACAUUCAAGGUUCUUCCAGACACCAGGAUUCCGACCGAUGGCACUGUUGUCACCGGGUCUUCUGAGGUCGACGAGUCAAUGCUCACGGGUGAAUCCAGACCGGUGGAGAAGUAUCCCAAAUCGGUGGUGAUUGCUGGAUCUAUUAAUGGACCUGGAGUCAUGACUGUUCGGUUGAACCGUCUGCCUGGUGACAAUACCAUCCACGCCAUUGCUGCGAUGGUUGACGAGGCCAAGUUGUCGAAGCCCAAGUUACAGGACCUGGCAGAUCGGGUAGCAUCCUACUUUGUCCCCGUGGUGGUGGCAUUGACGAUCAUUACGUUUGUCAUCUGGGUCGCAGUGGGCAUGACUGUCCGUGGUUAUGGAGGAUCUGAAGCUACCAUUCAGGCCAUCACCUACGCCAUCACUGUUCUCAUCGUCUCUUGCCCAUGUGCAAUUGGAUUGGCUGUUCCGAUGGUCAUUGUAAUUGCCAGCGGAGUCGCAGCGGAACGGGGUAUUAUCUUCAAGUCCGCGGACGCUAUUGAAGUCGCCCAUAAGACUUCGCACGUCGUAUUUGACAAGACGGGAACUUUGACUCGAGGAAAGCUCUCCGUUGUUGGAAACGAGUGCGUCGACGAGGACAAACUUCCACUUCUUCUGGGUCUGGUUGAAAACAGUCGACACCCGGUUUCGGUUGCUGUAGCUGCCCACCUCAAGGACAUCGGAAUCAUGACUUUGACUAUUCCUGAGCCGAAGAGUUUGACUGGUAAAGGUGUCGAAACCACCCUGGGCAGUCAGAAACUUCGAGCUGGCAACUCUCGCUGGCUGAAUCUGUCGGACCAUGAACUCGUCCAGCCGAUGCUUGUUCAAGGCUGCACUGUGUUCUGCUUUACGAUCGACAAUGAGCUGAAGGCGGUCUAUGGACUUCAGGACGAACUUCGACCUGAUGCUGCGGAAACGGUUGAAACCUUGCAGAAGCGUGGUGUCUCGGUGCAUGUGGUUUCUGGCGACGAUGACGGAGCCGUUCGGACCUUGGCAUCCAAGCUUAGCAUUCCUGGUGACAAUGUGCGCUCUCGAAGCUCGCCUGCCGACAAGAAGGAUUACAUCCAGUCUCUCCUCGGUACUGCCACAGAUCGCAAGAAGCCGGUUGUCGUUUUCUGCGGCGACGGCACGAACGAUGCCGUUGCUCUCGCGCAGGCUACUAUCGGCGUCCAUAUGAACGAAGGCACAGAUGUCGCGCAAUCCGCUGCGGAUGUUGUUCUCAUGCGUCCUUCCCUGGCUGGUAUUCUGACCAUGAUAAACGCGAGUCGAAAAUCCGUCAACCGCAUCAAGUUCAACUUUGCGUGGAGUUUCGUGUAUAACACCUUCGCAGUUCUUCUUGCUGCCGGUGCCUUUGUCAACGCGAGAAUCCCUCCAGAGUUUGCGGGACUGGGAGAGUUGGUGAGCGUGCUGCCAGUCAUUGCUGCCGCGGUGCUUCUGCGCUGGUCGAAGAUCUAGACUCAGAGCGCCAUCAUUGCAAGAGUGACGACGGCUGAAGUUCCACAAACUCUCCUUGAUGUCCGACUGGAGUCGUUGUCACCAAAGACGGGAUGCAACAGCUCCCAUCGUGGUCGAAUUUUGAAUCGCAUCGCAGUAUGCUGCAGUCCUGUCGCUAUCGAUCGUUCCAUGGCUUGCUUCAGUAUCAGAGAAGGCUCCUUUUAGGCAGUCUUGACACCAACCGUACCGUUCUACACAUGUCCUAUCCUAUAGGACGUACUCUUAAACAACCACGACUCCUCGAUAGAUUGAGUUGCAGGGGGGAUUCUGUGAAGGGACUCACAGUUUCUCAUCUUGGCUUCAUUCUCAUCGUUGAAGAAGUUUUUAUACAACUAUCUAUAGCUGCCUUUCAUGAUUGGUUUGGAAUCUCUGGCAAAAUUUCCAGCUAAGAUCCAGACAUUAAAUAUUACACUCGCUUACAGGCGAAGCUUUUGAUACAUCUGCUUAU